CACAUUGCGUAUACGCAAACACAAAAACCCGCCAGCGAAUAAACCGCCAACGGCAGUUGCCAUUCGAACGUCACGUAACCACAAUCAUGUCCUAAAAGGUCGCAUUCGAAAUCACACAUUAUGAAGCUCAUCCCGGUUUAUAUAGUGCUGUUCGGCUGGACACAUUUGAUCUUGGGACAACGGGCAUCGCCGCUGAUCGAUUCCGUGUGCCAGGCGGUUCAGCGUCAGCGGCUCGAGUGUCAGGUGCAUCGCGUAGAGACCGCCGACGGUUAUCGUUUGAGUGUUCAUCGUAUUCCGGCGCCACGAAAUCCCCGGUGUGCCACUCGCCAGUUGCGCCCCUUCCUGCUGAUGCACGGCCUCCUCGGCUCCGCCGGGGACUUUGUUGCGGGAGGCCGUGGUAGAUCACUGGCCCUGGAGCUGCAUGCCCGCUGCUUCGACGUCUGGAUGGGCAAUGCCAGGGGCACCACCCACUCCCGUGGGCAUCGCAGCCUCGCGACAAGUGACGCCCGCUUCUGGCAGUUCAGCUGGCACGAGAUUGGCAUCUACGACCUGCCCGCCACCGUGGACUACGUGCUGGCGCGGACGGGCCAGAGGCAGUUGCACUAUGUUGGCCACUCGCAGGGGACCACGGUGCUGCUGGUGCUGCUGUCACAGCGACCGGAGUACAAUGCUCGGUUCACCAAUGCGGCGCUAAUGGCACCGGUGGCCUUCCUCAAGCACCUGAGCAGUCCGCCACUGCGAUUGCUGGCCAGCGACAGUUCCGGAGUCACAAUGCUAUUAAACACACUUGGCCUCCAUGAGCUGCUCCCGGCCACGUCACUGACCCAGGUGGGUGGCCAGUACUUCUGUAGCGCCACCCUGCCCACCUACGCCCUGUGCACCCUGUUCACCUCCCUGUACGUGGGCUUCAGCGACUAUCCAUUGGAUCGUAACAUCUUGCCACGCAUCCUGCAGACGACACCGGCGGGCAUGUCGCGUCGCCAGCUGCAACAUUUUGGACAGCUCAUCAAUAGCGGCCAAUUCCAGCAGUACGACUACCAUUCACCGCGACUCAAUGCGCUGCGAUAUGGACAGGCCACGCCGCCCUCAUAUCAGUUGGCCAAUGUUCGCCUGCAGCUGCAGAUCUUCCAUGGCACCCGGGACGUGCUGACCAUUCAGGCGGAUGUGCAACGCCUGGUCAGGGAACUGCGGAACAGCCGAACACAGAUGUAUCAGGUGCCUGGCUAUAAUCACAUAGACUUUCUGUUUGCCGUCACGGCGCCACGAAUGGUCUACGAGCGAAUUAUUCAGCAGGCCUGGCAAUUGGACGCAACGUCAACGGUGGCGGUGCUCCCGGGCAGGUGAUGGCACAAAUU